AUUCAUUUAUAAGUCAGGCGUGGAAGUUUGAGCAAGACCAAGAAGAGCGGCUAUGCAAGUAUGGAGGAAUCAGCACCAUCUACACCUGAACCUCAUGAGUUGCAAUCAGCAGAGCGAUCGCAUGUCAAGAAAAACAAGGUUGCUCGGGCCUGUGACGAAUGUCGCCGAAAAAAGGUCCGCUGCAAUGGAGGUCAACCGUGCGUUCGGUGCAGAAAGGCCCUAUUUCAAUGUGUAUAUUCAAAGAUCGCGCCAAAACGAGGUCCUCCAAAACAAUAUGUAGAGACGCUUGAGCCAAGACUGCGAAGAGUAGAGAGUAUUCUCGAUGCACUAACUCUUGACUCAUCCGAGUCUUCCGCAAAUCAACUCGAGCUCUCUGACGAAAAUUCAUUGUCUUAUCCUGGUCAGCAACUAUAUUUUCCUACUACCUCCUCUAGUGGGCUCCAACAAACAUGGUCUCUUUUUAUU